AAAAGCAAAACCUAAACCUCAUGCACUGAUCAAACACAUAGAGAUAUGGAGAUCACCAACAAGAUGAACGGUUCAAGUUUCUUUCAAAUGCCGGUUCAUUACCCGAGAUUUACGAAGAAAGAUUACGAAAACAUGCCCGAAUGGCAAGUCGAUCGGCUUCUUGCUGAAUACGGAUUGCCUACAAUUGGUGAUUUGGAUCACAAGAGAGAGUUUGCAAAGGGUGCUUUUCUUUGGCCCGACGAGGAUUCGAGUUUUACUAGUUUUAAUGAUCAAGAAUCUUCACCAUGCCCUAGUAGUGAUUAUGGUUUUUCUUGUAGCUAUAAGAAGUUCAAAAUUGUUUCAUUUCUGUUUCGAGUUUUGGGUCAUUCUUGAAAUGUUCCAUUGUGUAAUCAUUUUCUCUUUUUGAUCAUCUUUUUCUU